AUGACGGAUCUUGGAGCUCUGACAGGAAACUUUCUUCUUGUUACCCCGCUCUUCAGUGGUAGUUAGACUCCAUCGCUCUUCAGCUGCAGUUUACUACCUGAAAUGCACUUGACUGGACAUUGCUUGGUUUGCGUUUUUUCUUCAUCCUGUGAAGUCAUGGCUUUCCAUUUUCAUUUACCGACAGCACGCCACUAAAGUUAGACAAGUGGUUGACUGUUUCUACGAUAAACUUUGGAUAUAAAUAAUAUUCAUUUCCUUGUAAACUGCAGUGGACUUGGUGAUGGACACCUUAUUUUACCUGCUUGCCUUCAUGUUAACUCGGGCUUGUUCGGGUCUUGGAUAUGCGGAGUCCAGUAUUCAGACCGGACAGAGAGCGGCGAGUAGGCACAGGAACUGGUGUGCUUAUGUGGUGACACGCACGGUUAGCUGUGUGAUGGAGGAUGGGGUGGAAACAUACAUCAAACCGGACUACCAACGCUGUACCUGGGGCCAGUGUCCUAGAGUGGCCUACCGUACAUACAGGAGACCAAGGUAUAAGGUAGCUUACAAGAUGGUCACAGAAAUGGAGUGGAAAUGUUGCCAUGGUUACUCAGGGGAAGACUGCAGUGAUGGGCCACAUGUGACCACCAACACUGAGGUCAACAGAGGGGGACCUCAUGUCACACAAACGGGCUACAACACAGGAGGUGAAAGUCGGAGGAUUAAACAGCUGGAGGAGAUGAUACAUGGUCUGACCAAAGACCUCAACAACAUGCAAACCAUCCUUCACGGCAUAAACCAGAGGCUGCCUGGUCUGAGUGGGUCAAUUGUCCCUGCUGAUUCAGCUCAGCCACACAUGAAAGAAACCAUCAACAACAUCCAGACCAAGCUGGACCAUCUGUAUAACAGGACGCAGGCCCAUGAUCAGACCUUGCUCAGCAUCAACAACCACCUGGUGAACGGUGGAGGCAAUGAACUGGAUGGAGUGGCCAGAGGAGGAGGAUCUGGGGGGAACCAGCUGAACACUCUGAAGGAGGAUAUACUGACAGAGCUUGAGAGAAGGGUGUCUUUGUCCUGCUCCGCUUGCCAGGCUGGUGUAGAGGACUUGAGGCACCUGCAGCAGGAGGACAGGGAGAGAAUCAGGGUCCUGGAGAAGCUGAUCAGCUCAAUGGACCAGCACUUGAGGCAGAGCCUGGAAAGCUCACACAGUGAGAGUGAACGCUCCCAGGCCUGCUGCAACACACUCAUAGAGCUGGAAAAGAGGCUGUCUGAUGUAGAGGUCCGAGUUACCUCCACUGCAAGCAAGUGUGACACCUUUAAAGGAAGUCUGGAUAAGGAGCUUGCUGGGGCAGUUGGAGGAAAAGGAAGAGUGACAGAGGACAGGUUGAAUGGCAGACUGAGAGAAUUAGAAAAGAGGUUGAAUAACACUGUGAGGAAGGCAGAGCAGAGGUUAACUAACACUGGGAACAACAUGAAGGACACUGUCCAGAGAGACGUCACACAGCUGCGCAACAUGGUCCUUAGUCAGCUGGAUGACCACAGUUUCAAGAUAGGAAAAAUAGAGCUGGACGUGGCUGUUCUUGGAGACACAGUGACUGACCACAGUCGACGUUUAAGUCAGCUGGAGAACAUUACAACCUUCUUGGUUGGAAGGCUAGGACUGACCACAAAAAUGUGCAAUGAGACCUGUGGGCCUAAUGGAAAAGGCCAUAAGACUGAUGACUCUGUGAAAACCUUAGAGUGGAGAGUUUUGGCCAAUCAAGAGGAGAUCCAGAAGUUUAACACCAAGUUAAAUGAUUUGUCUGUGUCAGGAGACUCUCUGAGUGACAAAGUGAUCAACUUAACAGAUUAUGUCAAAAAGAUAAUAGCUGUGACAGGGGAAAACGGUGAGCAAUUCAUCCAGAUUGUCACAAAAGCUGAAACGUUGGUCCGUAAUUUUAAGGAUUGUUCUAUUUGCACUACUGUAAAGGAGGACAUGCGCUCACUUACCAACACCACCAUCAGCAGUCUCAGCAGGUUCCAGACAGAGCUGACAGAUUUGCAGAGAAAAGUUGACUCAGGAGAAUCUGUCUGCUCUCAGGUGUGCUCCAACCUUCAGGAGGAGGUAGGACGACUCAGAGAGGAAGUGGAGGAGUGCACUGGAGAGUGUAAAACCAACAUAAAUGAUCUUAAGAAACGACUGGACAGUCAUACUGUCCACAGUGGAAGAGUAGGAGGGGAUCUGAAGUCCAUCCAAGGAGAGCUGGCCGGGGUCAUGUUCAUGUUUAACUCAGUUAAUGACACUCUCAAGAGCCUGGGAAGGACUGUACAGACACACGGGGACAUGCUGAUUGAUCUGACCAACAACAAGGAUGACAUCUUUUCUGAGGUGAACAACUUGCAGAAGGAGCUGACAGAGCAGGUUGAUGACUCGAGGAUUCAAUUCGACAGCCUGGGCAAAGAGAUCACAAUAAUAAGGGGCAACUAUGUGACGGUGGCUGGGGACUGCGAGCGGGCUAGUGUCAGCCUGGACCAAAGACUCUUCAAGCUGGAGGGAGUGUGCGGACGCUUCGACUCUUUUUCAGACAGCCUGGAAAGGAUCAAGGAGGGUCUGAACCGACAUGUGUCUGGGCUGUGGAGCUGUGUUAAUGGACUCAAUGUCACGGUAACAUCUCAAGGAGAUAUUAUUGAAAUUAUCCAGAGUGUACAGCUGAAGAACGUCCACACCAAGAUACAGAGGCUGAACUCCUCAGUGGUCGACUUGGUCAAGCAGUUCGAUAAUUUCAUAAAACAGGACCUCACGGGUUCACCUGGUCUGCCAGGACCCCGUGGAGAGAGAGGCGAGCGUGGACUCCAGGGUCCUGUAGGACCCCAAGGGAGGGUGGGACCUCCAGGCAGAGAGGGCAAGCAGGGACCAAUGGGACCCCCAGGUCUCAGAGGUGAACAGGGUCCUGCAGGGUCUGAUGCCCAAAUGCCACGCCUUUCUUUCUCUGCUGCACUGACUCAUCCAAUGAGAAGCGCAGGAACCAUAGUGUUUAACAAGGUCUUUGUCAAUGAAAAUAAUAUCUACAAUCCCAAAACAGGUUAUUUCACUGCUCCACUGAGUGGGAAGUACUUCUUCAGUGGCAUUCUUACAGGCCACAAGAACAUGAAGAUAGAGGCCGUGUUGUCCAUGUCCAACACCGGCGUGGCCCGAGUGGACUCAGCUGGGUAUCAGCCCGAAGGCCUGGAGAAACCCAUGGCAGAGGCCAAACAUACUCCUGGAGCAAUAGCUGUCUUCAACAUCAUCCUGCCCAUGGAGGCAGGAGACACAGUCUGUAUCGACCUUGUCACUGGCAAGUUGGCCUACUCCUCUGAACCUUUGACCAUCUUUAGUGGGAUGCUGCUGUAUGAGACCAUCUGAUUUGGGUGUGGUUUCAUUAUGACUACUCAGUUUGGGUGAAACUUUCAGCACGCAAACAUUAAUUUUUCUGAUGAACUCUAAGAGACAGAGCCAUUGACUGAGCAGUCAGAGACACAAAAAUAAUUGGACUGGAUUUAUUCAGGAAGGAGAUAUAUUCUAUACUUUAUCUUAUCUGCCUAGAAAGAAGGUAAAAUGCUUUUCAACCACUGUUUUGUUUUGUGUUUCACACCUUUAAGGGAAAACUAUUUGUGGAAAGAGCAAUUGCAUUUUUUGCUAUUUGAAAUGUGUUUCCUUCAGACAAAGCCACUGCAGGGUUAUUUUAUGAUUCCAUAUUUCAUGCGGUGCUAUAAACUUGAAUUCUUUACUGAUUACACCAAGAUAGCCUUCAGGUCUUACUGGUUUUAAUGAAAGGAAAUUUGGUAAAAUGAUGAUGAUUAAAGAUGUGGGUUUUUUGUUUUUUGCAUGCUAUCUACCCACCGCAUAUCAAAUGUCGAUAGGUUAUUACGCACAUUUUUUGUGUGUUUCUAAUGUAGUUUCUUUUUUGAUUGUUCAUAGUUUCAUUCUGACCAAAAGCAAUUUCAUAGAAGCCUAAUACUGAAUACCAAUUUUCUUGGAAAAAAUGCAGAGUGAUGUAGGCGGAGGUGGACACAGUCCAAACCUCUAUUCUUUAGAGGGAAAUGCACAAAUGAAGUCACUGACAGUUCAGACGAGAAACCACAGGAUUUUAUAAAUCAUACAACAGCAAAACAAUAAGACUAUUUUAGGACAUUAGCUAUGCCCAGAAACGUGAGCAGAGGAGGGUGGCCAGGGGAAGUACAGUUUUUUUUUUUUCUCUGUCCUUAUAAGGGCCAUCUAAAUUUGUUGGAGGAUCAAGUGGUUAAAGUUAAGAAGCUGUAACUAUCAGUCUAUCUUACAAUGAAAUUUUUAUAUAAAGCUUACAAUAAAAAAUAAUGAAGCUACACAUACCUUUGUCUCUGUGCUAUAAAUCCCACCUCUGUCAUGAAUACACAAAAGUCCUGCUUUUAGAUGAUUAAUUAAAAUGCCUCCAGAAGAAAGUAUGUGCAUGAUAUCCAGUUUGUUGAUAUUCUUGAAUGGAUUUUAAAAGGAACAUUGCGCAUUUUCUGCAGAGACGAUACAGCAGAUUGGGCCACAUGUUGCAUUAUAUAUUUUUCCUCAGUGUUCAGUGUGGAAAUGUAUUUUUGUGUCUUAAUGCAUUAUAUAACCUGAAGGAAUGUAAUUUUUUUUCAGCUGUUUUGCCCUUAAAAGAUUUUUAUGAAUUACCACUUCACCUUGCCAGGUACUGUAUAGAGUAUGUUUUGUAUGUUUUUGCCCCAUUUGCCUCAAAUACAGAUAACCAGUUUUACACAGCUAAUGUCAGCACUCUCACUUUUAUCUGUACAUCUAUCCUUUACUAAAUGAGCAGGUAUCUGCCAGAUUUCACACACUGCAUUGGGAAUUCACAUACUUAAUCUGGCACUUUUU